CAGACGCCGACGGCGACUCUACCAUGCAGUCCUCUCCGGAGCUUGCCGCCGACGACGAGAUGUUCCCCGACGAGGCCGGCCCAUCCACGCCGCGAAACGCCGCCUCCUUCUCCCUCGACCCGGCUUCUGAGCUUUCCCCGCCAAACUCGCAAGGCGGCCCCUCCGCCCUGCCCCGCGAUGAGAGCUUCCCCGCCGCUCUGGCUGGGACCCCGACGGCGCUCAAUGCGAACGGCAAGCGCGUUCGUGCUUCGGCUGCGCUGACCUCCGCAGGCGGCGGCGGCAACUCUGCCGCUGUUCAAACCGAUGCUGUAACGGGGUAUCAGUGGUCAAAGGCCGAGGACCAGCCGGGAUACGAGUGGAAGAACACUAGGGCGCGAGAGGAUGAGGCGAGGGCUAUGGAGCAGAUCGUAGACAGGGCCUCGCAAAUCAAGACUCGAUACGGGGACCCGCUGAAGCCAGACGUACCCAUGACCCUCGGUCGCUGAAGUCCCUCCGCUGUCGAAGGCGGUAAUAUCUAGGACGUGAAGAUCGGAUGCUAUCUUUGUAGGCCCAUUUGAAGGGGGAUUCCGGAAGUUACGACUCAUCUAGGGGACCCAACCGAAUGGAGGUGCGUUGAAGCAACUCAAAUGGGCUCCAGGCACACCGGCAGCACUGCUUCGCGGAGGGCGUCGCGAUGGAAGAGGCCCGUCAGUGGUAUUGAGCAGCAGCUCCAGUCCUUAGGGAAAAUGAAACAUCAUCAUCUUCAACCAAUUCUG